CUCGUCGUUUUACCAAAGCAACCAAACUCCGAACCUGAAUUUUUCUCACACGCGGCCAGUAGACGUUGGCUCGGAUUCUGACUUGGAUGAAUUGCGGUGGGCGUCAGAACUAUUUAUCUUCUUAUACCUCUACCAGCAGACUUCCCUUCUCUGUCUCUCUCUCUCUCUGCCUCUCUCCCUUAUUUAUAUACGUGACUGUUCAGAUGAUCGUUGAAUUGAGGGUACAGUUGACAGAUAUCUGAUAUUGGUGAUUAAUGAUUCACUCCACUACUUAUCUGCAUUGUUGAUCCGCAUAAAUUAUUAUAUAGUCCUGAAUGGGGGGAGCUUGUUCCAGGAAGCAGGACCAACAGGACAACGAGGAUGAUCUACACAGACGAGUCUCUGGAAGAUAUUUUAAAAGUGGGAGCUCAAAAUGGCUAAGAACUUCAUUUUCUAGAGCAUCUACAGACAUUAGUCAGGGGAUAGGAAGUUGUCCGUCACUUAUGGAAUUAUGCAUUUCUAGGAUUCGGGAAGACAUAAACAAAUAUAGCACCUUCUCUAUGUUACCAAGGGAUAUAAGUCAACAGAUUUUUGAUGAUCUGGUCUGUUCCCAGUGCCUAUCUGAUUAUAUACUUGAAGCUUUUCGGGAUUGUGCUCUUCAGGAUAUUAAUCUGGGAGAAUACCCAGGAUUUAAUGACAGUUGGAUGGAUGUCAUCUCUUCACAGGGUUCAUCUUUAUUAUCCGUGGAUCUUUCGGGUUCUGAUGUUACUGAUUCUGGAUUGAUUAAUCUUAAAGAUUGCAGAAAUCUUCAAGCCUUGAAUUUUAAUUAUUGUGAUCAAAUUUCAGACCAGGGUCUGAAACAGAUCAGCGGUCUUUCAAACCUGACAACUAUAAGUUUUAGAAAGAACAACUUGAUUACUGAUCAAGGAAUGCGUUACUUAUCUGGCCUAACCAACUUGGUGAAGUUGGACCUGGAGAGAUGUCCAAAAAUCCAUGGAGGGCUUGUUCACCUUGAAGGUCUUUCAAAGAUCGAGUCUCUGAAUGUCAAUUGCUGCAAUUGCAUAACUGAUGCUGAUAUGAAGGCUGUCUCAGGGCUCAGAAGCUUGAAAUCGUUACAAAUUGCAUCUAGUAAAGUUACAGACAAUGGCGUGACUUUUCUGAAAGCUUUGCACAAGCUCACUCUUUUGAACAUGGAGGGUUGCCGUGUCACUGCUGCAUGCUUGGAGUCACUUUCAGUUCUUGGUGCCUUGCUAUAUUUGAAUCUAAGCAGAUGCAAUUUGACUAAUGAUGGUUCUGACAAGUUUUCAAAGCUGCAAAGUCUUAAAGUAUUGAACUUGGGAUUCAACGACAUCUCAGAUGCUAUUUUGGUUCACCUGAAAGGUUUAACAAAUUUGGAGAGCUUAAACCUGGAUUCUUGCAGGAUUAGUGAUGAAGGGAUGAUUAAUCUUGCAGGUCUACAUCGUCUGAAAUCCUUGGUGUUGUCUGAUACUGGAGUUGGAAGCGGUGGACUGCACCAUCUCUCUGGUUUAGUUAAUCUGGAGAGUUUGAAUCUGUCCUUCACUGACGUCACUGAUGGUGGUUUAAGAAAGUUGUCUGGUUUAUCAUCUCUCAAAUCUCUCAACUUAGACGCUCGUCAAAUUACAGAUAUUGGCCUUGCUGCUCUUACAAAUUUGACUGGGUUAACUCAUUUGGAUCUAUUUGGAGCACGGAUUACUGAUUCUGGAACUAAUUAUUUGCGAUCUUUUAAGAACCUGCGCUCCCUGGAAAUUUGCGGUGGUGGGUUAACUGAUGCAGGCGUGAGGAAUAUCAAAGAUCUUACAUCCUUGACGCUUCUGAGUCUAUCCCAAAACCAUCACUUGACAGACAAGUGUUUGAAAUCAAUUUCUGGACUCACACAACUGGUUUCUUUGAACAUCGCAAAUUCUCGAAUAACAAGGGCGGGUUUGCAGCAUCUUAAGCCCCUCAAAAAUUUGAAAUCACUGACUCUGGAGUCCUGCAAGGUGACUGCCGAUGACAUGAAGAAGCUUCAAUCAACUGACCUCCCAAAUCUGGUGAGUUUUAGGCCGGAGUAGAACUGGUGGAAAAUGCUUAUAGAUAUUUCAUCAAUAUCGGAUAAUCUUCUGUACAUAUGGUCAAAUUGUACAUAUCCAAGACUUCGAAGUUUGCAUUGAAUGCGUGGCGAAAUGAAUUCUGCCCAUGCUGUGUGUGAAGCGUUCUUUCAUAUUAUUUCGAUCGUACCUGAAAGAAAUGUAAAUAAGAACUUCCUUGGCAUGGCUUAAAUUUCUUUCCUUUAGUUUUAUAAUAAAUUGACUCCAAAACCUUUGUAAAUAUAUAUUGACAGGUUGCUUUUGGAUAUGAUGAUUUGGGAGCAGUUCUGUUCUUAUUC